UGACACUCAUUUCUCAAUUCUCAAAACUCUUUAAAAAUCUCUCUGGUUUUUCCCUUUUCACUUUCUGCUUUCAUUGUAUUUGAUUCAUCAAAAUUAGUGUCUUUUCUUGCAUGGCAGCUCGUCUUUUAGCUCAUGAGGUAGCUGACCUUUGCCUUGGCAAGCCACCGCUUAGGUCUCUCUCUCUUUCUUCCUCAAUCGGUGAAGCUUUAGCUUCUCUCAAAUCUUGUGAAGAUUAUUGCAUUACUAUUUGGGAUUGUGACCAUUUCAAGAAUCAAGAUUGUCUUUGUGUUGGGAAAAUUUGUAUGGUUGAUAUAAUCUGUUUUCUUUGUAAACAAGAAAAUCUUGCCUCUCCUUCUUUGGCUCUCAAAUCUCCUCUCACUGCUCUAUUGCCUAAAGAUUCUUCUCUUGUUAGGCAUGUGCAACCCUCUACAAGCUUAAUAGAAGCCAUUGAUCUAAUACUUCAAGGAGCUCAAAAUCUAGUGGUUCCUAUAGAGAGCAGGUUUAGUGGCAGCUCGAGAAGGAAAUUGCUGCAAAAAUCUUCAUCAACAAAGAGUUGUACUCUCCACAAUGGGCGCGAAUUUUGUUGGCUAACUCAAGAAGAUGUCAUUAGAUAUUUCCUAAGCUCAAUUGGGUUUUUCUCACCCCUUCCAACACUCUCCAUUGAUGCCCUUGGUAUUAUUAGCACAGAGUUUUUGUCGAUAGGGUAUCACUCGCCUGCAUCAUCGGCCAUUGAGGCGAUCUCUCGAUCCCUCGUGGACCAAACAUCUGUGGCGAUUGUGGAUGAUGAUGGUCUACUAAUCGGAGAAAUCUCUCCGUCCACCCUAGCUUGUUGUGGUGAGACCGUGGCCGCAGCGAUCACGACCCUCUCGGCCGGUGAACUCAUGGCCUACAUUGACUGUGGUGGUCCACCGGAGGACAUCGUGAGGGUCGUGAAGGCGAGGUUGAAGGAAAGAAAUCUUGAAGGAAUGUUGGAGGAAUUCGAGAUUGAUCCCUCGGAUAUUUCCUCCAACUCAUCGUUAUCCGAUGAGGAGUUACCUUCCCCGACCACGAGUUUCUCAUCCUCGAGUAGGUCAGGGAGGUACAAUAAGUCUAGUAGCUAUUCCGCGAGGAUGGUGAGGAGGGCGGAGGCAAUCGUGUGUUAUCCGGGCAGUUCUUUGGUCGCUGUAAUGGUUCAGGCGAUCGCUCAUCGUGUCAACUACGUGUGGGUGAUUGAAGAUGAUUGCAGUGUUGUAGGUAUUGUGACAUUUGCUAACAUGUUAGAAGUUUUUCGUGACCAAUUAGAGUCAAUAAUGUUAGUAGAUUUUGAUUAGUAUUUCAAAGUGCAGUUCUAAAAUCUGUUGAGGCUGUAAGUUCUUGUGAAUAUGAGAAUGUACUUCUCUUUACUUUCUUUUUUCACUUCUAUUUUGAGCUUUGUGUUCCUGUGACUUUGUAAUAUCAUGGUACUAUUUUGUUGGUUUUAGGACUGGUGGAUGGAAUAAAGUGUAUGAAUCUUCUAUUUAAGGAAUAUAAAAGUAUUGCUUUUGA